GGCUCUCAUUCUUCAACAAGGCCAGCCACAUCAUCCUUUGAACAUCCUGGAAAUGCCUCAGAUUGAUUGCUCACUUGGGUCACAAUUGCAGUUUGGGGUCGAGGAAUUGUCACAAUGCUGCCGUAAUGUAGACAAUAGCGUGCACCUGUAGUGACCACCAUCUCGCUGCAUCUGAAAACGAGUUUAUUAGGCACAUUUCAAAGCGAGUUGUGUUUGCUUUUGUUUCUCUCGGCCAUCAUGCUGCGUUUUUGUCGAGGAUCUGACCUCAUAUGUCCUCUGUCUCUCGCCCAAUCUGACUUCCUUCCCUCGAAUGGAGUUGGGUUUCGGGGUGAAUCCAUGAGUGUAACCCUGAAUCGAAGCAAGUGGUCUCUGAUGCGUCCAAAUUUACGAGAUAUGAGUGGAGCGUCCAGAAUAGUGCGUGGAGGUGCUCGCAUUCCAGUCAUGGUCAAUAGUUUGAUGCGAACCGAAGGAGUAGCGUGCGAGCUGGGGGGUGACAUUACUACUGGAAUUGGGUCGUCCGAGACGACUGAGAUAGCUGUGUUGGACAUGGGGGCAUACUUUGGGGAAGAUACUGGCGCCCGCGAGGAAUUUGUCGAAAAUCUUGGGGAUCAAUGUCACAGGGUAGGAUUGUUUUAUGUGAAGAAUCACGGCAUCCCGCAGGAGCUUUGUGACAGUAUGUUAGCUGUAGCGCGCCAGUUCUUUGAUUUGCCUAUCAGUGUCAAGAAUGAGAUAGACUAUACAGCUUCUUCACAGUUUCGAGGUUACAUGAAGAUUGGUGUGGAGAACACUGCGGGGCUUGUUGAUUUUCGGGAGCAGAUUGAGUUUGGCCCUGAGGAGAAUGCAGAAACCAAUAUGGGUGAAAAUAUAGACUCUAUCUUCAUGCGCCUUCGCGGACCGAACCAAUGGCCACCAGCUGCAUGUAUUCCGGAGUUUCGGUCCAUUGCUAUGGAGUUUAUGGAGCAGAUGAAUGUCUUUUCCAUGCAUCUCAUGCAGGCGUUGGCGUUAUCAUUGGGUUUAGAUCAGGACUUCUUUGAUUCAACUUUUCUUCCCCAUCCACAUUAUCAAAUGAAGGUAGCACGAUAUCCUCCGAGGUCAACAGAGGAUGGUGAUGCGGAAGUUGGCACGUUUGGUGUUGGCCCACAUUCUGAUACUGGAUUUUUGAGCCUACUCCUGCAAGACGGUGUUGGAGGUCUUCAGGCACAAACUGUGGAUGGCCUUUGGGUCGACGUACCACCCAUUGAAGGCACGUUGGUGGUGAAUCUGGGAGAGAUGCUACAACUGGCAACGCACGGGUACUAUUUAGCCACUGUUCACCGUGUGUUGAGCCUGCCGGGGACCAGGUCACGGUACUCAAUUCCUUUUUUCUUUAAUCCUCGUCUGGAUGCCGAGGCAAAGUCCAUCGACAUAAAGUCCAUAACAUCAAAAGAAUGGCGAGACACCACUACCAAAGGCGGGGAAUCUACUCAUGGUGGGAGAAACAAACUACACCCUGUGUUUGGGAUUAAUACUUUUAAAAGCUUUGUAAGAAGUCAUCCCCAGGUUGCUAUGAGGCACCACCCUGACCUCAUAGACGCACAGGGUAAUCUCGUCUUGGAUAGACUCCUUGGGUAGUGAGUUUUGUUUUAGAGUAUGAAAGAGUCUUUUCAGAAUUCAUGGAAUUUCAACUGACUUUGUCUCAUUCUAGCUCUCGACGGUUGGGUGGUUUGAUUAAAUUUUGCGGACCCAUACUGGCGGGUCUGCGGUAAUGGUUUGUGUGAGCCGGGAUUGUGCUUCUAGUUCAAUUUGUCAAAGGUAUGGUGGGAAUAGAUAAAUAAGACCCAUUAACCCUUUAAAGCGGUAGCUUGUUUAUAUAUAGCUUCUGCAAAGUGAGACCAGCAGUUUCUCAAAAAUAUUCCUAAUGUAGCUACUAGCACGUUGUGAGAUCGACAAACUUUCAGUGAUCAUGAGAACCAAUUGAAAAACAAUGAAUAUAUUGUCAAUGAGAAUUUUCAACAGGAUUACGCUUCACCUGAUCCAUCAA